AUGGAUUGUGCAGGAUCCUCUCGCUACUUGUUGGCAGUGGCGAUGAUAGCCAUGGCAGUCUCGCUUGGCUGUGCGGCCCCCAUAUUCGGUUUGACCUUAUCCAGUCCACGCAACACCAGCGACUCCGCUCCUCCGUCGCUACUGUCCAAGUUACAGCUACCGUUGUCGAAAAUGUGGUCCAUCUUCAAUACCAAGAAAGACCAGACUUCUCCGGACAACAAACAGCAAGAUUCGCAGCAACCGACGGUGGCCGAACAACCGGGUGGAAAAUAUCCUUACCAGUCGUUGGCAAACGCAUCUGUGACGACUUCGCCGUUACCGAAGCUGGCGAUGAAAACCAACUAUAUCCAUCACUUCAGCGUAGUCCCGCUGUUUUCUUGCGGUGAGGGUAAAAAGUAUAACAGAUACCUAAAAUGUGUUGACAUAUUGACCAACCCCGAAGACGAAGAGUCAAUUAGUCGAACAGCAUCACCAUUAUAUUGA